AUGCCAGUCCGCACGGUGUGUGAGCCAGCAGUGCCUGUCCAAGUUCCAGUGAUAGGCACACAGGGCGGAGUCGUAUUUCAAGCAGCCAUCGAUACAGUACGUCUCCUUCGAGGCUCGGGCUAUUCAUGUGCGAUUUUCGGCAGUGCUGCUUGUUAUCUUUACGGAAAUGAACGCCUGCCGAAUGACGUCGAUAUCCUUGUCUCGUCCUUGGUUGAGGCGGAAGUUAUCAAGGGCAGUCUAGUUAACCAGGACCCUCUCCACUUUCACCUCAAGAAGGCCAAAACUCCAGGGGCGACUUACAAAGUUUUAUGGUACUGUUAUCACCAGGAUAUCGGAGGAAGGAUCAUGACCAGGGAGUCCAAAGUUGACAUCGUCAUGGCUGGCACGAUGAUGCUGCCAUUCCUAUCGUCAGGAUCAAUUAUCAUGCAGGGAGCGUUACCUCUAGUUCCCCUCGAGGUGCUUCUCCUGCAUAAGCUGCAGGGAUGGUACGAUCACAUGACAGCACCCGAACUGCACAAGCAAAGAAAGCAGACGACCGACGUAGCAGACAUUCGGCGUACCCUCAAGAUUGUGCUCCAGAGCGUGACGAGGACUAAGAGAUCGUGGGCUCGAGUGGCGCUGAGUUUCUUCCAGGAGGAGUUCCAACGCCUUACGACGGAUAGGGUGAAGCUCUUCUGUUCCAUGUUUGUAGACUGUAAGAACGAUUGGUAUCAACUGGGAUUUGAAGUGGCAUAA